CACCACAUGGCUUGCACCACAUCACAGCAGAGCAACCCGGAAGCUUCAAUAUCCAUCCUGGUAUCGUACGCAACCUCUCAAGUCCACAGGCGUUUGGCCCAGUCCAAAACUCUUGGCUGGCAUUACACCAGCGCCCAACGAACGCCUUGACUCGAGCAUUUUCCAGAACUAAUAUCAUCUAGCGCCACCUGGAGCGCUUCCCUUUUCUGUCUAAUGUAUCAUCUAUCUCUCUGCAUCCCGAUAUCUGCAAUGUUUCAAGCAUUAACUACCGUGAUUGCGGAAGAAUGUCAAGGUCACCAUCCCGGUCGCUGCAUACUCAACGCGGGGAACGCGGGGAAGCUUGUCGUCUAGCCAGAGAAUCUUGGCCAUGAUCCCCUGAACAAGACGGUCUAGCUUCGACUGAAUUGCAUUCAACUUGUCCACCUGAUCUCGAAAGGGUGUAUCGCUUGAAGCAUCCAAGUCAGGAAACCAUCCAUCAUCAGCAUGGGGGUUUCCGCCAGUCUACAGCGCUGUUCUGUGAGAUGAACUAGCGUCGCGUUGAUCUGUCAAGUCCUACAGCGUAACGAUGCCAUGCAGGCAAACAUGUUGCCAUGUCGUAUCUCAUCCAUAAAGGAGACAUUAUCGCCUUUGCGCAUGUCAAUCAACGAAUCUGCCUGGCUAUCCAAUUUUUGGGUAUCGUGGCUGGUGUCAUUGCCCGGUCCAUUUGCGAGUCCUCGCGUAGCUUACAUUCGAUUGUCAUCAAGCUUUCCUGUCAUUGCGGUGCCAGCACAGACGGCGCUUCGCAUCAUUUCGUUCAACCUGCCAAGAAAUUGGUAGUCCAAGGCUGACUUGAGGUCAUACUCGUUCUCGCCACGAGGCUGAGCAGUGAGCACUGAGCAAGAUGGGGUUCAACCUCCACGCAGAUGGGACAAACGAUCCCAGUGAAGUCCGCAAUUGGCGCAUUCACAUGAUAGCGGUCAUUGCCUCAAUGAGUGCUAUCGCCAUGGGUUACGACACCUCUGUCAUAGGUGGCACCAUGGCUCUGGACUCAUUCCGCCGGGAUUUCGACCUUGCAGAUAGCUCGCCAAUUGUCCGUGAUACUCUCCAAGGCAACAUCGUCUCCACGUUUCAGGCAGGAUGCUUCUUCGGUGCCCUGCUCAUGUUCCCCUUGGCAGAAUGGCUCGGCCGCAAGAGAGCAAUCAUGAUCUCUGCUCUCGUCUUCCUGGUUGGCGGGACUCUCAUGACAGCCUCCCACGGAGAGAUUGGACUCCUGAUUGCCGGAAGAGCCGUCGCGGGCUUGGGCAUCGGUGCUACGUCUCUCAUUGUCCCUGUGUACAUUUCGGAAAUCAGCCCGCCGUCCAUUCGCGGCCGCCUCGUUGGGCUAUUCGAAAUUGCAUCACAGGGAGGAGGCAUGUGUGGCUUCUGGGUAAACUACGCGGUGGAUCGCACAAUCUCAGACUCAACACAAACGCAGUGGAUUGUACCCCUAGGCCUGCAGUUACUUCCGGGGGUCCUUUUGUUCUUUGGCAUUUUCCUGUGUCCAGAGUCGCCUAGGUGGCUGGCAAAGAAUGAUAGGUGGGAGGAUGCCACGAGAGUCUUGGUUCAUGUCCGCGAGCUGCCAGCGGACCAUGACUAUGUCAGCACCGAGAUCAGUGAUAUUAGACGGCAAGUAGAAGACAGCAGCGCGAAUCGUAUGACAAAGUCUCAAAUGUUCAAGCGCUUGUUUGAGAAGGGCUCUCGCAACCGCAUCGGCAUCGGUCUGCUUCUGAUGGCCUGCCAGAAUCUGACAGGGGUCAACAUCAUCACAUACUACUCCCCUCGCAUUUUCGAGACUCUUGGCAUUACAGGCACGAGCACCAAGCUUUUCGCAACGGGCUUCUACGGUAUAGCCAAGACCCUCGGCAUGGUCAUCUUUACCGUCUGGCUCGCCGAAAAGGUCGGCCGGCGCAAUGGUCUCAUCUGGGGUGCCUUCGUCGGAUCGCUGCCAAUGUGGUACAUUGGCGGCUUCACAUUUCUUGCGGACCCUGCGGGCCAGGCGGCUGCUGGUAAUACCGACCGCAAUGCAUGGGGGUAUAUCGCCAUGGUUUGCGUGUAUCUCUAUGGCUUGAUCUACUGCGCCACUUGGCAAGGCAUCACAUGGCUGUACUGCAGCGAGGUAUUCAGCUUAGAUAUCCGCAUGCUCUGCGUCGCAAUCACAACAGCAGAUCAAUGGCUGUGGAGCUUCAUUGUCUCACGGACUACGCCUUACAUGAUUACGUCGCUCGGCUACGGAACUUACAUGUUCUUCGGCGCUCUCAUGAUCCUGAUGGGCGUGUGGGCUUUCUUCUUCGUGCCGGAAACCAAAGGUCUCACGCUGGAAGAUAUGGAUCUACUCUUCAUGAGGAGCAUGCACACCACGGUCUGGACCGCUUUGCGAGAACGCAAGAGCGUCAAGGAUGUCUUGGCGGAUACUUCGCCCGCCGCUGUCUACGCGACUGGCUUGGAGGAGAAGGAGAUUCGGUUAGAGUACGUGGAUACUGUGGAAGACAAGUCAGUGGCAAGGUGAGAUGGCGAAAGGACAUUAGACGUCCUAUGUUGAGAGAGAUGGACUAG